GGGGGUCUGUUCUGUCCCAGACAGGCGCUAAUCUCGCCUGCUGGGGCCGCCGUGCCACCGGACACUCCGGACCAUGACCCCGGACAGCAAGCUCAUGGACGAGACGGACAUCGACGUGGAGGCGCAGACGGUCUGCGGUGAAGGCGUGAAGAACACAGAUUUCUCAGUGUGUAGUAAGAGUCGUGCCGACUUCGAUCGAAGCGCGUCUUCGUUCACCCCUGACGACCGGGAGGAGGGAGACUUCGCGCUCCGGCUCCAGGAUGGUCCAGGCGGGAGAGGCGCCCCAGCGAAGCCUCCGUACUCUUACAUCGCUCUCAUCACCAUGGCGAUCCUCCAGAGCCCGAAAAAGAGACUUACUCUCAGUGAGAUUUGUGAUUUUAUCAGCCAGCGCUUCGCGUACUAUCGGGAGAAGUUCCCUGCGUGGCAAAACUCAAUCCGCCACAACCUGUCUUUAAAUGACUGCUUUGUCAAAAUGCCCCGGGAGCCUGGGAAUCCAGGGAAGGGAAAUUACUGGACCCUUGACCCCUUGUCCGCCGAUAUGUUUGAAAACGGGAGUUUUCUUCGGCGGAGGAAACGCUUCAAGAGGCAGCAUUUCUAUCUGGGAGCGCUGGCGGACUCCAGGGCGCAGGAGCGCAGCCUGAUGCCCGUUUUUCCUCUGCUCGGGGCGCACAGGAUGGCUUCUUGUCUCCAGGGUCCUGAUUUAUACCACGACCCGAGCAUAAGAAGUCGUCCAGGCUCCCACACUAGUCCCAGCAUCCCACCCGUGAGCAGCAUCAUACCUGCGCUCUCCUCGCUCCUCUCCAAGAGGUUCCCUUCUUGUUUAACCUUUGAACAUUUCGACCCGGGCCGCUGCGCCGCUGUCCCGUGCUUGGCUCCGAACUCCUCGUUCAUGCCUCCUGUCUCGCUGCACGGAGUGAUGCCCAGCUAUGUUUCUCACUUGUCUAGCUUCCCCGCUGGGAUCAUAAAAGUUCCGUCUCAUUCAGUUUAAUGCAAUGAGGCCCGCCUGUCUUUAACUUAAGGGAAACUGGAUUUUCUUCCUCUCAGCCUGAGAAUAAACCCGUUAUGUAAAAAUACGACCGUUUUUUAAUGAUGGCCUAAAGUCGCAAACAGGCCACCAUAUUUAGCAAUUUGUUUUAUUAACGCAAAUGUUUUUCAAAAACUGACAUUUUACAGUUCUUAAAUAUGUUUGAAAUAAAAUCGAUUGCAUUUACGCAUUUUUUGUAAUUUGAAUGAAAUAUCACAGGAUUUAUCGUUAUCAUAGACGCUAUCAAAUAAUGUAGCCCUAUAGCCCUUUUUUCUAUCACAUUUUGAUUGAUUUUCCAUAUUUUUCAUUUUGUUUUUACGAAAUUUGAGACGAGGCUUAUUUGAAAGAUUUGGGCGAACUGAAGCACACCAGACCAAAAAUAAAUAAUUACAAUAAAAAUAAAAAUGAUUCAUUGCAUAUUCUUACAAAAAAUUAACACAACUAAUUAUAUGACAACAACAAUGAUAAUAAUAAUAACAGAGCAUUUUGGGACAAAGGGAGCACUUUAUUUUGUAAGGUCAGAACUAUGACAAUAAAAAUAGUAUUAUAAUGAAUGUCAAAAAUCACUGACCAACAAUGAUUUAGAACAAAUAAUAAUUCAAGCUCUUAGGUAAAGUGUUCAGCUUAUCCGAAAGGCCUCUGCAUGGAUGUACCUCCACAUACUGGCUUUAAAAAGAAAUGGAAAUUGCUCAAAUGUGACAACAUUGCUGUUUAUUUUGGAUUAUGAGCAUUGUUAUAAGUUUACAGCAGAUGUAAACACAAGAGGUUACGAAACAUCUGGUCAUGUGCACAUUGUGUCUCUCCCUCCCUUGUUUAUUGACUGUCUGUUUAAGUUUGUGUGUGUGUGAUUUCCUCCACAUCAUGUUUGCUUUCGUCAAAACAGGCCUACAUAGAACACACGCUGGUCUGGUCAGCCUCUGCAGCCCAGCGGUGUUCAUCAUGAAUAUCAAUUACAUCUGAUCAUCCGGCCGUCGGGUAUGAGGCUUUUACAUAUUAAAACUGCACCGCUGGCUUUAAUCGGACAUUUGUUUUGUUAUGUGGGAAUGUGAGCUGCAGAAGUUCGCCUGCAUUUUGGAACGAAGGAUUCAGAUUGUUUAAUAAAAGUAGGAACACCGCAACUCUAAGACACACAAUCAUGUGUGAGCAGUAAAAUGUACUGAUUGAAAGUUAAAUUAGGCAAUAUGCAGAGUGGCCUAUUUUCUAAGUGAUGCAUUUACUGUAUGUAUAUUAUCUCCAUUUUAAUGUAGCUUCGAGUGGAGUUAAUCUGUUAGUUCUUCUGUAUAAAUCCACAAAGCUCAUCACAUGUUUUUUAAUGCAAA